AUGGACGCACAGGUGGCCUGGGGAGAGGAGAAACACCGGACACUGGCCAUGAAGACCCUCCGGGCACGAUUUAAGAAGACAGAGGGCCUUCCCAUCCAGAAGACCCAAGGCAAUCAGGGAGGCUACCUGGAGGAGGUGGUGCUGGAGCAGAGCAUGGAAGGACGGGGAAGAUUUAGACAAGUGAAGGCACACAGGGAGGGGGAUGGGGACCAGUCUCUCAACUCAGAUGUCAUCUCCUCACACUCACUACAACCUGGAUGGACCUUGAGAACACGACGCUCAGUGAGAGGAGCCAGACACAGAAGGACACACGUCAAACCGGACCCUCCAGAAGGUGUGCGCCUGAGCCCCCUCCCUGGGCAGCGGCUCUGGGUGCAAUGGGAACCCCCCCGGUCCUGGCCCUUCCCAGAGAUCUUCUCACUCAAGUACCGGAUCCGCUACAAGCGUCAUGGAGCUGCCCGCUUCCGCCAGGUGGGACCAAUUGAAGGCACAUCCUUCACCCUCAAGGCUGUGAGGCCCCAAGCCAAGUACUGCAUCCAGGUGGCUGCUCUGGACCUCACUGACUAUGGGGAAUCAAGCGCCUGGAGUCUCCCCGCCGUUGCCUCCGUGACCUUGGGCAAGUAGUGGGGGUUCCCUGCACCCCCGAAGAGGGGCUGUGCCCUUGACAUCCACCUAAGGGUGGAUGGGACCCGACUGGCCUGGGUUCACUGCUGCCGAGUUGCUGGGCAACCUUGGACAAGUGACUUUGCCUCUCUGAGCCUCAGUUUCUCAGUCUGUGAAAUGGGGAUGUACUCGCUGCCUCCUUUGACACAGUGCAAUGUUUUGUGAACUGUGAAUAUGAGAUUUUUAAAAUUGUUUAAUUAGAAAAGGAUCAUUGUCACUAGAAUCAGGACUCUUCCAUCUUUUAACAGAUCCACAUGAGACCCUGGGAGGAGAGGACAGACCAGGAUACACACACACAGUGAAUCCCCACUGCCACACACGAGGUCAGGGCUGGACCAGAGGAAGAGACGGGGCUGGGGGAGUCAGGGCAGGGGUGGUGGGUGUUCCGCCUGGGAUGGAAUGAUGAAUCCAUUCAGUUCAGUUCAGUUUGGUUCACCUCAAAAGCUGCCCAGAUGUGAGCCCCACUGUGGAUGGACACCAAUGGGACAUGAGUUCAUCUGGGAAGCUCUCUCUGAGGAGGGGACAACACAGCCAGGCUCUGAAGGAUUUUCUCAAUCCAGGAGCUUCUCUGUACAUUUCACUCAGGUUGCAAUUCCAAGGUCACCUCCUCCAAGAAGCCUUCCCUGACCACCUCAUCUAGGGCAAGCAGAAUAAAGACACCCCCCCCCAAAGAUAUCCAUGUCCUAAUCCCCAGAACCUGUGAAUGUGAUACCUUACACAGCACAAGGGACUUUGCAGAUGUGAUUAAUUUAACAAUCUUGAGGAUCCUUAAAGAUUGAGGAUCUUUCAUUAAAUUAAUGAAAAUGGGGACUUCCCUUUUGGUGCAGUGGUUAAGACUCCAUGCUCCCAAUGCAGGGGGCCCAGGUUUGAUCCCUGGUCAGGGAACUAGAUCCCACAUGCCUGCUGCAACUAAGAGUUCGCGUGCCACAACUAAGGAGCCAGCAAGCCGCAACUAAGGAGCCCUCCUGCCACAACUAAGACCUGGUGCAACCAAAUAAAUAAAUAUAUUUUUUAAAGUUAAUGAAAAUGAAGUAGAGUUAUAUUGUAUUAUCCACGUGGCCCCAAGGUAAUCACAAGUGACCUUAUAAAAGGGAAGCAGGAGGGUCAGAGGGAGACAGAGAAGGUGAUGU